UUAGCUGUUUUGAUUUGUUGUCGGUUUUCUGCAUGUCGUUAUUUCCUUUCCAGGCAAGACUUUAACCGCAGCAGUAAUAUCAAUUUAAUUACCACUUAAUUAAAUUAUUAUUAACCUGUUAAUCAGGUUCGGUACGGUGUUUGAUAUAGGCGGUGUUCUGAAACCCAAGGAGACACCUGCCUAGACAGCAAACUUGGGCAUUUAUUAAAGACGCGUUGAAGGGAAACAUGACUGUAGAGGUGGAGAGAAAAUUUGUAUGCGACGCAGAAGUUACGAGGAAACUACUUGAUAUUGGAGCUAAAUGCAUUGGUCAGCGGCAGUUUCGAGACCAGUAUUUUGACACUCCAGAUUUCAUCCUUACACUAAAAGAUUUCUGGUUGAGGUGCCGAGAGGGAAUGUGGGAGCUGAAAUGCCCUACGGUUUGGGGGAGUGAACCAGUGAAUGAAACUGAGACCUUGUGCACACGAUACAAGGAGAUAACCAGUUUUCCUCUGGUUCAGUCAGAGGUCAGGAGAAUAAUCAGAGCGCACACCGCAGAAGGGAGUGAAUCAAAUUCCUCACAAAGGGAACAAAUUGACAAAGUCGGAGAAAACGAGGGCACAGACAGCUGUCCAACAGAUGAUAAAAAGUGGCUGAUUGACCUGAAUCUAGUCUGUUUUGCUGAGUACAAGACGGAGCGCUGUUCCUACAAACUAGAAAGAGAAGAAGGGGCAGUGCGUGUGGAUCUGGACAAGGCUGAUUUCGAUUAUUGUGUGGGGGAGAUUGAAGUGCUGGUGCCGGAAGGUGGUGAUGUUAAUUCAGCUCUGCAAAGAGUUACAAAGAUUGCUGCCGAACUGGGUUUAAGUAGUGAGAAGAAAGUAAAGGGGAAAAUGGAUGUCUACCUUCAAAGAUAUCGACCUGACCAAUAUGCGACACUCGUUAGUGCUCAUAUUUUAUGAGAAAAUCACUAAAAACAUACACAGAGGUGUACAUAUCUUCUAAUUUAAUUAAAGAUAUUCUCUAUUAAAAAAUCUUUCAUGGCAACAUAUAAUGUAGCCUAUAAUAUAAUUCUAAUACAGGUUAUGUAAAGAAAUUAUGGGUCAAAAUACAGUACUUGUUCAAAAUCACAUCCCUUUCAGUUGAAAUGUACAUUUGUGUGUGUGUGUGUGUUG